UCUUACUUCUUACCUCUUGCAGCUGCACGCACCUAAAGCCACACCCCCCCCCCCCCCCCUUUUGUUAUCUUGAAAUUUACUACUGGCUGUCAAAUGGUCUGGAUUUUCAAUUGGACUUGACAUCGACACUCUAGCUUUCAACCCAACUUAGCAUGAUUAGGUCUUUGUGGCGAAAAGCCACUUCAAGCCUUUUCGAGAGGCGUAAGCAAUCGAGUCAGAAGGGGAAGAAAAUGAGGAACCACAAGUCCUUGUAUGUAUCAGGGUAUAUAUAGUACAAGAAUUUAUAGUGUCGAGUUGCGAGAUACUAUGGAGGCAGUCAUUGUGCAGCCUCGACAUUCAAGAAUUCAGAAAAAGCAGGUGCACCGUUCGAUCAUCGAUACCAAACCACAGCACAUGAAGGGUUGUACAAUCAGAAAAAAAAAGCCAAGAUUCGAAAUGCCAUAUAAGAGACAGGGGAUUGGGUCGGAAUCUCGUACCACCCGAUCAAUCUUGAGAGACAGCGUAUAGGUACCAUGCUGAUGUGCUAUCGAGUAUCUUUUUCAACCCCUCGCAGCUGCCGACAAGUUCACUGGAUUCAUUCUACGCAUAUGGGGAGUCGGAAGUAACAUCCGGUUCCUAAUCGAUAUCUCGCGUUUGUUCAUCAAAGUAGCAUACAGUAGUAUCAUUCGAAUUGGCGACCCCUCCUGUCUGUACCGAGUUCAUGCAUGGCUUGAGGUGGAAUCGACGAAUCUGGGAAGAGGCAAAGAAAGAGAGAACGCGCUAGAGAAUGGGAGAGGAGACGGGGGACCGGUUCAAGCAAGACGACAUUAUGCGCAUCCAUCUACAGUGCACACAUAUACAGUAUCAUCUACAUGCAAUGGUAUUCUUUUCGAUUCAGUAAUUGCCAGUCUACGGAGUAUUAGCUUUUCCAAGGUUUAGUCGCUGCAUCGGCUCAGGAUCGAAUACAAGGGGAAAGUCCCACAUACACACACUCAUUCGUUUUUUGUUCCGUCAUAGGAAUUUCUAGACAAAUCAUUGGUUCUUCUUUUUUUUGGACCUUAGAGAAUCCACAUAUUUCCUUGGCUCGGGAAGGACUUCACCACCAUUUCUUUCUCCAUAUCUGCCCUCACAGUCUCAUCCACCCAGUACGCACGCUACGACCCAUCCUAGGUAUUUUCAAUUCUUCGAUUCGAUGAAGAUGACAACAAAUUAAACUUAAACUGUACCAACUAUUGAUGAAAAAAAAAGGAAUUGACAACGCUACUCGAUGAGACCUCAAUUCAUUCAUUCACUCAAUCAUCCAUUGACUCCGAAACCCUCGAUCAAAUCGUCCAUUAUCAAUUGACAAAGAUCGACCCAGUCAGUACCUUCCAUUCACUUGAUUCAAAUAUGUCAGCACUUCGAUUUUGAGGUUCCUCAAAGCUUUCAAUGUUCCCACCCACAUCUCCGAUUCGUCUCUGUAAUCACUCGACCACCACCACCACCACCACCACCACUACUAUCACCCAACCACCAAUACAAUACACACCAUCUGGAUGUGCGACAACACCAUGAUUGAGAUUCCCCACGACGUCAACAAUUUCAAUCCCACCGUUGUUGUCUACCCACGCCACUACUGUAUCGAUAUCGAUUUGCUAUACUACCCAAAUUACCCAAAUUUUAAUUGACGAGGAAUUCAAUAUCUUGGCGCAAAUCUAUUACUGAAGUCUAUCAAGGUUCUCGAGAAGAAAAAAAGGUACCGCCGCCAUACUUGGAGUGGUUGGCAGCAGAUCAAGGACAACCUUGGAAGGGCAAGAACCAUCCCUCGACACCAUGAUUUGGUACCUCCUCUAUCCAUUCAGAGGAACCACGGAACCUCCCGACCUCGACGUCAAACAUCCUAUCCGAGAUCGCUUCACUAAAUUUGGAUAUAACGUCGCAAAGCACUCAGUCGCUGCCAUAACUAUCUCUGCUAUCAUCGCGACACUGCUUAUAUAUCCCUUUCCAUUUCUCUUCACGAAUGGCUUCACUAACGGCGCAUCAAAUCUACCACAUCAUGUAUGGUCUUCCGCACAACCUUUGAAGGCACUGGAUGAUUCGAGGAAACCGGAUGUGGUCAUGCGAUCGAUAUGGAUACAUGGAAGCUAUAUGAAAGCUUUACAACCAGAUGUUCUCCGAGCAGCAUUAGAGAUACAGGAUCAUAUCUUAGGCCCCACUAUUAACUUUAACCCUCGCAAAGAAGCUAAGCAUGCCCAGAUUGACUACACACAGGAUGAAUUAUCUGUGGAUUCACGAGAUGCCUUCCAUGCCGUAAAUGGUCUAACAAAUGCAUCUUGGUUCUUUCAUUCUCCAUUACAAUACUGGUCAUGCUCGAAGGAAGCGAUCUCAGCUGAUGACGACAUUGUGAUGACAGUCAACAAAAACUUACACCAAUCAACCUCUGUCAAUGUGACGUUGAGGCACUCUAUUGUCUUUAGUGGCAAGCGUUUUGAGGAUCACCAUCUUGUGGCUGCAGAUGCCGUGGUCAUAACUUUGGUUCACAUGCUUGAUUCGCCUGUCGGGAGAUAUUGGGAGAGAAGAGCAGCUCAACUCGCAGCCAAAGGAUAUGAUGACUGGCGCAUGAUUCCUUCCGAUGGCCAUUCGUUAAGAAGCACCCCCUAUGAAUUCUUAUUUCAACCUACUGCUACUUGGGAAUCAUUUGCACUGGCUACCGCAUACAGCUUUGGCGCAUGGUGGUUCGUCGCAACCUUAUGGGGCCUACGGGCUCUCAAGUCAAGGCUUGGUCUUCUCAUUGCAGCAACUACUCAGUUGGCCUUCACGUUCACUUCGACGUUCACCAUCUGCGCUAUUAUCAAAACGGAUUUGUCUAUGAUACCCAGAGAAUACUAUCCUUUGAUUGUUGUCUUUUGCGGCGCGGAAAAUAUGCUUCGAAUCGUCAGAGCUUUUAUCGUCACGCCCUCAUCACAUCAUCCGACCCUUAGAUCUGCAGAAGCCUUUGGAAAGAAUGGACAUGUAUUCCUUGCAAACACUGGCCAGAGGCUUCUCUUUUUGUGGAUUGUUUCCAAGUUUGGAGGCGUAGGGCAAGCUACUUUCUGUCGCUUCGCUACUAUUGCACUAAUUUUUGAUUUCUUUUACCUGCUAAUGUUCUUCGCUCCCGUUUUAAGCAUUGAUGUACGAAGACCUCAAUUGAACGACACACUCUCGGCUUCUUCCCGGGAACGAAGCUAUCCAUCACCAGAAAGAUCGUCUUCUAAACCAUGGGCUGAUUUCAUUUUUCGUGGGGGAAAUAUGCCCUCGACUCGUAUUGUCGGCACCUUGGUGCUUAUUAUUGCAGUAUCGAUUUGCCAGUGGCACUUCGAUCAAGGUAUAUUGCAAAGCAGUCAACAUGUAUUGAAAGCAACUUCGCCGGCUUCUUCGAUGCUAGAGGUCGAUGUCCAUCAAGCUAGAACUCCAACUGCCUGGCUUCGAUUGCAAGACCACGAGACUGUACACGAGCUUAUAAGCAUUGUUAAACCACACGCUCACAGUUUUGUUGCUCAAGUUUACGAUCCUCUAGUUUUUGUUUUAAAUGGUUCAGAUCGGACACCAAACAGACUUGGUGUGAGAUCGUUCCUCCCUGCUUUUUAUGACUUUAUCGAGAACCAGUCCCUACAAUUUCUUUUGUUUGUUAUCAUCACUGGUGUGAUUGUCAAUCAAUUCAUUAAAUAUCUCUUGUCUGAUGAACCUUCUGACGAUGAAGACCACGAGGGUCACGGCGACGAACCCCUGUUGUCGGUUAAGACAUUCGGCUUUGGACAUGCUUUGGAUGUUGUCCUAAUGACGGCUUCUCGUGAUGGAAUUAUCGUUUCAGUUGGUCUUGAUAGAUGGAUCCGUGUUUGGAAUGCACAACAUAAUGGCCGAAGCUAUGUGGUCGAAGAUCCUGGAUCCGAUAUCGAUCCAUUUCCUGUUUUAGCUAUGGCGAUCGAUAAUGACUCGAAUUGGCUCGCAAUCCUGUCAAAGAAAAUGGUCGUCUUAUGGAAUAUUCCUGAACGAAGAUGGGGUCCGACAAUGCCCGUGGACGUGAAAGGGCGCACACCAGAAGCAUUCUUCUUUAGCCGCAACGACGUCGAGUUGAUUGAUCCCGUGAUUAUUGUGCGCCAUACUGGUCUUAUGUCGGAACUUCAUAUGGAAGAUCAUGUUUCAAAGGAACUACAAAUAUGUCGUACGCCAUUGAUCUGUGUUGAGCCGCACUUGGAGAAGGUUGUCAUGAAUGGCUCCCUACCACCCCCAAAAAUCAUAACCGCCUCAAAACGUGGCUGUGUCCAUGUUGCAGUUGAAGAGAAAUCUGGAUGGGUCUCAUAUGACCUUAGACUCCCUUGGGUAUCCGAUGACAAAGAUGUCAACUCAAUUCUUCCAUUGCCGGCAUUAUCCUCAUUCCUCGCUAUACGCGACCACAGCGUUGAUCUUGUCGAUAUACACACUCAUAAUGUCACUUACUCAUUUGUUACAGAGAACAUCAAACCAGGAACACUGCAGUGCGUUCAUUCGACGAGACGAAGGCCACAAUGUGGAUCUGUUGGUUUGGGAUCAUUUGCAUUUAUGUAUACUUGCAUUGAGACUGGCAAUAUGAUGAUGCAAUCAUAUUUGCCAAGCAGAGAGGGUGAUACUAUAUGUUUCCGUGACCCUGAUAAACCAGGCUCCAAAACAUGCUGUCUAUGGCGGGAGACCGUGGAGCGGAGGUUUAGCAUAGAAAAUCCUGGUGAUUGGCAAGCACUCCAAUCGGGGUAUGUGGUAGGUGUACGGAAGAGACAAGAUCAAGAUAAACAAGCAGCAGGAAAUCAACUUUUGGGGUCGAUUGGAAGCGGCGGACUUCGACGACGUGGUGCUUCGGGUAGGAGGUCUAGUCUAGAUUACCCAGGAGGCAAAAAUGACGGAUGGGAGGUUUGGAGCCUAGGAUCCAGAGGAGAUGAAACCUCUGCGCCUUUAAAUUCAGUUUACGAUCAGGUUUUACUUGUUAGUAAACUUGGCCCGGUUACAAAAGUGGGUACGAACAGUAUCGUAGUUGCGUUGGGAAACAUGGUCAAACUCAUUACUGUCGGUCAUGAACGUUAUGAUCGCCUUGGCAAUGAUACCGAUGAAACAUUCGUGGGCAUGGCACCUGUUGCAAAUAGGAGGAAGAGACCUGUUCUCACACGAAAGAGAACAGAUUGAUAUGCAGAAUCUUUUAUAUCCUUUUUAAGAUAUUAUUUGUGCUUAUUCGCAAAUUGCUUCUGGGGGAAAGGAUGAUACCCAAUAUAUGGACAAAAGGCGUUUCCGGAAAGUUUUGAUACAGGCGUUAUCAUGGUCAAGAAAACGGCGUUCGUGGACGAUGGUGUUUUUAAUUUUGGUCUCAUUUUGCGUAUACAAGGCUGGGCGUAUGUAGUGGCAUCUAUAUCACCCUUUAAAGGGACAUGGUUAUGGUACUUGAGUAUGUGCUUAUCUUUUAGGCAUGCUGAGUUCAAAAGCAUUGGGGCUUUCCAUCAAGGUCAAAAUCAUAAUCCAGCAGGCUUGCUCGGAUAGGACGAGGAUGGAGAUGUAUUGGGAAUAGGUCGCAAAGGGUAGUCCAGUGGUCAACUGCUAUCUGCAGUGAAGUAACAUUAUCAUGGAUCUUUCAUCUGGCUUGCCGAUGCAAAGUCAUACUGAUUGUAGAGUCAUUUGAAAUGCAUAAUCCACGACGUAGGCAGUUGCACCGGAUAUACAAAUAUCAAUAUAUAUAUAUAUACACACACAAUUGAUCCUGUCAUAACG